AUGGCACUAUCAUUAAUGAAAGUUUCCUCCCUUCGUCUCCUAUUCUCCCUAGUAAUGUGGAUAAACAAUGAGAUUUCAUUUGCCCAUGGGCUAGGAAAUGUAUAUGUAGGUCAACAAAUAAAUCCACAUAUGCUGCGAUCUCCCUCCAAAAUCGAAGGAAAUACGCAGAAAUUCAGUAAACCGUACAAGACCGUCACCAAUGGACCCGGUUUCGAUGCUGGUUAUUACCAACAAAUAAAGGGCAUAAGUUAUCCCGCUUUUGAAAAUAAAUCGACUGACACCAAUAUGGGCAUAAAUGGUGAUUCCGUUGCGAUAUGCGAGCAAAUAUUCAAGAACCAACACUUCAAAAGGUUCUGCAGUGAUCAAAAAAUGAUGGAAAGGUAUAUGCAAAUACAUUACAAUGGCACAAGAUUGCAAGCCGAAGUGCCAUAUGAAAACAGCGUUAAUACGACGUCAGUUGGUGUAGAUCCAAAUAAUGAAGUUAUCGUUAGACCCAUUGACAAACACACUUUGAAGGAGGCACAGGAUUAUCUCUGGGAAAUUGUCUGUACCAAGGCUAUAGCACUUUCUUGUAGCAAAAUCCUAGAAUAA